ACUCACACAUACACAGGGACACACACGCAGGCAGCCAGUCAGAUCUACAAGCGGACUUCCAGCAGCACAUUCACAGCUCCACUGAACUUGGCUCUUGCUGCCUUUUCUCUGACAGAAGAAGAAAAGACACACACGCACAUUCUCUCACACACACACACACACACACACACACACACCUCCGUGGGAGAGCUCAGAUAAAGACGUGCCUUCAGUCUUGGAGUGGCGCUGUCACACACUGAUAUACAAAUACGCAUUUAGACAAAUACACAGGCACAGUCAGGGAGCCACCAUACACACACACACACACACACACACACACAUAUUCCCACAAAUUGACACACUCACUUCCAACACACACACAGGGGAGCAAACAGUCUCUCUCUCUCCUUCUUGCUCGCUCAGCUGCUCUCUCUUCCCCUCUCUCUCUCUCCCUCCCUCUCUCUCUCUCUCUCUCUCACUCUCUCCCUCCCUCCCAUCCACACACACACAUACACACACACACACACACACACUAACAAACACACACACACAGCACUACAGUAUAUCAGCGAGUGACUAGCGGAGAGCCAGAGGGGAGUGCAGAAAUGAAUGUGAAGAUCCUGACGCUGGUGAUUGUGCUCUUGGUGUCUCUGCUGUGUUCUGCCAGUGCUGGUCCCAUGGCCUCCACAGAGCAUGGCAGAGAGCUUGAAGAUGCGCCUACAGUGAGAAAAAUGGUCCAGCAAAACCCUGCGAGGGGUGGUCAGACCCACAGACCAGCCGGCUGGAAGAGGAGACGCCCACGGCCACGUCUUUCCCACAAGGGGCCUAUGCCAUUCUAGAGCAAGGCACUGCUUUGAGCGCCCUUCCCCAGGUUCUGAUUUCUAUGCUCUUCCUUUGCCUUGGGGGGCCUUGCAACAAGGGGCCUAAGCUUGCCCAGCCUGAAGAGUGAUGUCCAUAGCACCUGCUGGUUCUUCAAGCAACUUUGUCCACACAAAAAAAUCAGGACAAGCCGCUCACCCUCAGCUCUAGGAGGAAAUGGGGGCCCGGGAAGGGGGGUGGGGGUGGGGGGGGCCUGAGCUAUCAGACUCUAUUUCUCUGUCUCUCUCUUUCUCUUUCCCUCACUCCCUCAAUACUUAUCUAUGUCUGUCUUCUUCCCAAGCAUUUUUUUUUUAAUUUUUCUAUGAUUUACAUAAUAGAGCCCAAUCAUGGUGAUCUCCCUGAAUUACUCACACACUUUGCAUGACAUGUGGUGGAGAGGGAGCUCGGUUGAAACAAUCUGAGUCUUAAAGCAUCUGUUGCUUCUCCACGGUGUGGUAUUCCCAUCUCUCAGAUCCAAGGUUACUGCAGCCACCGAUUUCAUUGCUGUGUAGCUACUUAACAGCUUUGCUGGGGUAGGGCGCUGAUUAUACAGAAAGGCAGUGUCAGGUUUAAUAGUUGUCAAAAGCAAAUAUUAAGUUCACUUGUGAAACUCUGGAUUCCUGCACUUGAACAGUACAUAGCCGUUUGAAAAGGAAGAGAAGAAUAUCGUGAUAUUAUAACCAUUGCUUAAUUAUCAUUAUUAAUGGUGCUUGUACCUCCUCAUGACAAUAUGUCCACAUGCAAAGGAAAGUUGGACUAAAAAGAGAGUCCAUAAUAUCAAAACAAUCAGUUUAAAGAAUUAUUCUUUCAUUCUUUUAUCCAAAGCUAAUCUGGUGUUUCUGAACUCAUUAACACCUUAGGGGGGGUUUAAUCACACACUCAAGGUUACUGUAACAUGUCCCACCUUGGAUGAGUCCUUUGACCCCAGAAUCCCAAUCCCGUCCCCAAUCCUCAGCCUUCUCACCACACUGCUGCCGUGCGCAGCUGCUCUACACGACUGUUAACUGGCAGGGGCAGUCUGCUCCACCGACAGGCCGCCUUGCCUUUUAAUGAAGUGCCAAAUAAUAACCUUCUCCACAAUGCUGCCAGGAACGAAGGAAACAAAGGUUAGGGAGAAACACAUUACCUCUUGUUUGAAGUCUUGAUACACUGACACAUUAUGCAUUUGAAAUUUUCUGCAAAGAGAAAUUGAAGAGGACAGUUAAAUUAGACCAAAAAGAAGUUCAAAGCAAAUGUCAGCUCGGAUAAUAUGCCACUAUAAUCAGCCUACCACUAGUGCUCUGGCUGUUUAAAUAUUCAGCAUAAGGCUGGUUUGACCCUUUGACCGCCAUCUUUCACUUACGAAAUGCUAUGCCUUUCCAUCAUACUGGAAUAUAUUACUGUUUAUGUUUAUUUUUGUCUUUAAGUAGUUUUAUUUCUUUUUUUUCUCAGGGUGCUGUGAUAGAGGCUUGUACUAGAGCAGUCUAUUUUGUGCAUUUAUUUAACAAAACACAAACAUACAAUACAUCUAAAGCUUAUAUGAGCAUAUUUUCAUAUACUGUAUCUUUUAGUCUCCCUUAAUGUAUUCACCAAUAUAGCCAUGUAUUCAGCCUUUUCUCAACGUGAUCCUUUCCCUGCAUUAUGUUGGGUACAGUUGCCUUUCUAGUCUGCCCUUCCACAGCACAGGUGGUCGUGGCUUUGAUCAUUACACUCAUUAAAUCCUGGAGUUAAUCUUUCUCAGAUGGAUCUCCCCAAGGCUGGCCGGGGCCACUUAGUCUGAGCUCAUUGUUAAAUUGGCUUAGACUGAAACCACACCCUCCCCCACCUUUCCAAUCCUCAACCCCCUGCUGAUUCAGUGUGUCACCAUGUAACAUAUUAGGACUGUAACCUGUAGAGCAGCCACCUCGUUUGUUGUUUAUUAGGUGUGCGAAGCAGCUUCCUAGUUGAGAUUUUAGGGGGAAAAUCUGAUUUUAAUCCACUGCUCUUCAAUCAGCAAACACUCCUUUUUCAAGUCUGUCAGAUUCAACCACAUAACAACUGGCAGGUUAACCCAUGUUUCCAACACCUUUCCCUCUCGCCAUGUCUCAUGCAAAUAUUAUAAUAGAAUGCAGAGUCUUCUCACACCCAGCAUGAGAAGCUUUUAUUAAGAGUGCAUCUGAAAUCACAGUGGUAAUCCACCCAGCCAAGAUCAGCUUGAUUAAAAAUGCAUUAAAUCCUAGGGCACUGUGAAGAGUAAUAAUUUCAGUUCCACCAUUAUUUUUUCAUACCCUCUCAGACAGAGAUGUAGAUUUCAUUAAUGCUCCUUGGGAGUGAGACAGCUUUGCUCAGGAUGUGUCAUUAGUAUUGGGGAAGAUAGUAGAAGAUAUGGGCUGGGGAUGGAAGUUCAAAGCUGCAGGAGUUGGGGUGCUGGAAGUAGACUGGGUCAUAGCAAAGGGGUUCAAAUCAAUAUUUCCCCUUCCCAGAACUUAUUGUUAUGGAGCCGAGCAACGUCUGUAUCCGCACUGUUCUUCAUGAAUGUAUCCUCACCAUCUGCACCAGCCAUGCUGCCCUUUCAGAGACCAGAGCAAACCAGUGUUUAUGUAAAGUACUCUUUUUAAUCUUGGUCUGGUUAUCAGUUGAAUCCAAAAAAAUCAUAAGCCAAAAAUCCCACUGAUCCAAAGCCUCCGGUGUAAACUAAGUCCCUACAAAUAGACGUGGCUUUGCUCCAAGACUUCUCUGUAUGGGUUUGCAAGGCUGCACUUUUACAAUUCCAUUAUGCUGCUGGAAAAAUACACCCUGAAAACAAGAGUCUCUUGAUAUGGAAUGGUUUUCCAGUGUAUUGUGACAAUUUUUUGUCUGAUUCUUGUCUAGCUGGUUGUCCAAAGCUUACUUUUUGAAUACAGUAUGAAACACUGUAUCUUUUGUGGAUGUAACAAAAUAGAAAAGUAGUCUGCAGCACAAUAUGUCGUGGACACGUGAAAGCUUUCAGGCGUUCUUUUCUUGUUGAUGAUAGCCCACAGUCCUCCCCUGCACAUCAGGUUAAUGGGCCUUGUGGUGUGGAAGGACAAGCACGUCCAGGCUCAAACUGAAAUGGUAAACCAAUACAUUAUGCUCGGGGAGCAAAACCAUUUUCCUUAAUGGUCUUUUCCAGCAAGGCUUACACAAGAGAAACGAUUCCGAUCCUGUCAAUGUUUCCUCUCCAGUUCCUCUUCUCUGUGACCAUCACAAGGCCUGAGUAAUGUUCCUAUGCACUUGUUAGCAUGUUUUCCUGGUAGAAAAAUGUCUGUUCUCAGAACUUGCCCCUUUGUGUUUAGUUCUUUUUGUUCUGCAUUUGGCUGGGAGUGUGUAAGGAGUGGGGAUGAGCAGAGAUACAGAUACUAGUGGUGAAGCUGGUGGCAGGUUUUAAAACAUUAGCUUAUUUUAUUGAGCUCUGUUUACCAAAUCCACCUAAAAGGUUACAGUAAAACACAAGGUUUUUAUGUUUUCUUUAUCCCAUUUUCAUUCAGUUCUCUACCAGAAAAAAAUCCUUUAAAUAGAUACCAAACCAACCAUUUCUCUCAAAAUGGAAAUGGAAACACAUUCCAUGAUUUUACCUUGUGAAGCCCCUCAAACUGUAACAUGUUGGCCUUCAGAGUGGGUGUCUGCAGGAUCAAGUGGCUGAUAUUCAAUCCAAUGCAUUCACACAUUCUCACUAGCUGGGCAAUCCAAAGGAUAACUAGAUUUUAUCCCUUGUGGGAAAUGACUAAGAUCUGUCAUUAUCCGGGAGCCUCAAAAUGAGACCUCCUACACCCAGAAUAGCACAGGCCCCUCCUGCCUUGACUACGACACAUUCUUCAUCCACGUAACCACUGUGUCCAAGAUCACAAAGAACAAUCUGAGGAGAGAUGCAGUCUGUAGGCUCGACACGCCAUCGCAACAGUGUUACUAGGUCUGAAGCAGAAACCAUUUAAAGACGAUGUAUUACUCCUGAAACUUAUAUUCUGUUUAUGGUGUGUGCUCAUAUUACUCACCAGGCCAAAUGUACAGUCCCUGUCUCUGUUUUGAUGUUGAACUGGGCAAAAAUAAAUGACAUAAAUAAAUAAAUAAAACAAGUG